CCCAUCUUUCAAUGCAGAGCUGGUGCCGUUGCAGUAAAACCGUAAAGUAAGCCCCAUGCUAAAUGAAAACUAAAGCUGAAAUGCUUAUCUCUCAUAUGAUGGAAGAGAGCAGGUUAUUGAACCCUUUCAAGCUAUAUAUGCACACUCCAUUGUCUUGAAUAUAAGAAGAAAGAAAAUUAAAAGGCAUGUUAACAAAGGUGAAUUGGUGAAACGAGUGCCAUCAGUCAUGGGAACUGCAACAUAAUGAAGUUAAACAAAAUAAACACUCCAUGUAGAAAAGCACAUGUAUUGUGCACUUUGACUGUUCUGGUUCAGAUUUUAUUUCUUUUUGAAACUCCAUCGUCAUCAACAUAAACUUGAGAACCUGUUUAGUAGAGUUUUACUGUGAAAGUGAUUGAUCAACUUUCAGCCUCCCAUUGAUCCGGAAGUUUGUACUGUUUUAGGAAUGAGUCUUCCAGUUCCUCAGAAAACUUCGACAAAAAGAACAGGGAAGAAGAUAUCUUUCUUUACAGAGCAGAAUGCUCAGGCUGUGUCAAGACAGUCUCAGUCACAAAAGGGCGGUGUACAAUGUGGAGUUGUGCCCAGUAUGGAAAACCCUCAAGCCAUAGUUUCUUCAAAGUCUGACUUGCCUUCCAGUGUUUCAACCUGCACAGGGACGAUUCCAGUAAUUUUUGCUCCAGACCGACAUGAGCAGCUUGUCCUUCAAGCUUCCAGUGUUGAUCAGCAACCUCAGGUGAAGUGGACAAAUUCAGUCAUGGCAAACUGCUUACCUGAUAGGGGAGAGACUACUUGGCAUCCAAGUAGCACAUGGAACCAGAAUGUGACUGUUUAUGACAGCAACCAGAAAGGGGGCCAGAUGGACAUAAAUGUAGGUAAUCAAGGUUUUCUCAGCCAGAUGUUUGCCAAGGGGAGUCAUCAGCAGGCAACAGCACCACCUCAGGAGACCUUGAAGAGGAAUGCAGAGAAAAGUGUUAGCACAUCUCAGGCAGAACAGUAUGGAGAUUCUGUUCAACAAAUACUGAGUCAGAAUGCUCAGUUGGAACAGUUGGCUGCGGCGAGACAGAGUCCAUAUAAUUUUGUGCAAGUAUCAAAACAGCAGCAGCAGCAACAGACUGCAGCAUAUCCUCUGCAAUCUUUCCGCAUUGCAUUUGGAUCACAAGGCCAGAAGCCAGCCCUAUCAAGCUUGUAUCUUUUCCCCCAGCAACCUCCUGUUUCUACAAGUUCCAGUCUGACCUCUCAGCAAAAGUCUCAUAGCUUGCCACACUUGCCAGUUUUUGAAAACUACUACCACCAGCAGACUGCAACCCAUCAAUUGUACCCCUUGCAACAGGCUGUGGUGAGUCAAGGCUCUGUUGCACCAACUCCUCAAUUACACCUGGUCGGCCAUUCAUUCCAACAAGCUGCAGAUGUGAAUCAGGAUGCACUUCAUGUUUUAGCUGCAGAAGCUCAGACACGGCAGCAGCUGUCGCAGCAAUCCCAAAAUUCCCAACCAAGAAGGUCCAGGAGACUCUCAAAAGAGAAUGCUUCACAGCAGCCUUCGGUAGUAGCAACUGAAGAUUCUAAUCCUGUUACUGAACAAGAAAACAAUCCUUUUAUGCUCACAUGGCAGCAACAACAACAGCUACAGAUGCAACAGCAUCAAAAACAGCAGUUGCAACAACUACAGCAGCAAAAACAGCAGCAGUUGCAGCAACAACAAAAACAGCUGCAACAGCUACAGCAUCAAAAACAGCAGAAGCAUGCACCACAGCAGCAGUUGCAGAGUCAGCAGCAACAUCCUACACAGCAACAGCUGCAGAGUCAGCAGCAACCUUCUGCACAGCAACUGCAGAAUCAGCAACAGCAUCUUGCACAACAACCACAGCAGCUGCAGAGUCAACAGCAACAACCUACACAGCAACAGCUGCAAGUUCAGCAGCAGCAUCCUGCACAACAGCAGCAGUUGAUGCAGAGUCAGCAGCAAGACUCUGCACAGCAGCUGCAGCAACCAGCACAGCCACAAAGGUCACAGCACUCUCAACAGCAGCCAACACAGCAGCCGCAACAGCACAGUUCACAACAGCAGCAGCAGCCACCACAACCCCAACAAAAGCAGCAGUGGCAGCAGCACCUGCUCUUUGGGACCUCUGUACAGAGCCCACCUGAGAUAGUUGUUUACCACCAAGAAACUGACCAGCAGAGGCGAGAAUCUGAUCCAUGUCAGUGUAAGGAGAACUCUAUUACAGUUUUUGGAGCACAGACAGAAAAUGGGAAAAUUUUUAUGGGUCCAGAUAUUAAUAUAAAGGAUGCCCAGUCCACGGGACAGACAAAUUCUUCUCAGGAUGGUGCACUAAGGACAGAUGCAUGUAGCACUGUGCCGGGUGGAGUUAUACAGAGUACAAAACGUAAAAGAAGGAUUUCUCAGGAGGCCAACUUGCACACAUUGGCCCAGCAGGCUGUUGAACGCUCUCUUAUGCAAAUGACUGCACAGAAAGAAGCUGAACAGUUAGAAGAAAAGAAGAAAGAUGAAGCUGCAAAGGAAAAUAUUGCCCUUUUAAAUACUCUUGCCUCCAAGAAGGUGAGGGAAGAUGGCUCGCUGAUGCCUCUUAUUAUUCCUGUGUCGGUGCCAGUAAAGCGAACAGAUGUUACAAUCACCAAGAGAGAGUGGCCUGGGGAUGGGAAACCUCAGAAGAACCUGAUGCAGCCAAAGACUCCCUCGGAACAAAAAUCGUCUGUUAUUGUAACCAGGCGGAAGUCAAGGCGGAACUCUCUGACGGACAGUUCAGUACAGGAUGAUGAGGAGGAGGAGGAAGAAGAGGAGCCGAAGGAAGAUGAAGAAGGUUUAUCAAGAAAGCUAAAGCGGCGUCCAAGACCAGAGCCUCUUUAUAUACCCCCUAAACCUGGCACUUUUAUUGUCCCUACUGCUUACUCUACAGUGACUUCAUACCAGAGCCAUCUGCGUUCACCCAUUAGACUGCUGGACCCUUCCACUGAUCGGAGUUUUGAACUGCCUCCCUAUACUCCUCCACCUAUCCUUAGCCCAGUUAGAGAAGGCUCUGGACUUUAUUUCAAUGCCAUCAUGUCUGUGUCCAGCAACAACUCAGUUCAACCUUCAAUUAUACCAAAACCAGCAUCACAAUCACUUCUUAGAUCAGGUAGCAGUGAGAUCACGCCACCCAUUUUGUCUCGUAUGGGCGAUGGAACGCCAGUCAGUCUAGAACCGCGAAUUAAUAUUAGCCCACGAUUCCAGGCAGAAAUUCCUGAACUGCAGGACAUAUCAUUGGUGGAUCUUGAUGAUCCUAAAUCUGACCAGCUCUGGACACCAUGGCCUGACCUUGAACCCAAACCCGGAUCUGAAGACAUCGUGGAAAACAUCCUGAACUUGGCUUGUUCCAGUGCUGUUUCUGGUGCUGGCACCAACCAGGAGCUAGCAUUUCAUUGUCUGCAUGAAAGUAAAGGGAAUAUCCUGGAUGCAUUGAAGAUACUUCUGAAGGGCGAGCUUCUCCGACCAAAGAACCAUCCGCUGGCUACUUACCACUACACAGGGUCUGACAGAUGGACAGCGCAAGAGAAACGUCUUUUUAAUAAAGGCAUCACUGUCUACAAAAAAGACUUUUUUUUGGUACAGAAACUGAUUAAAACAAAAACAGUGGCCCAGUGUGUGGAGUUUUACUACACAUACAAGAAGCAAGUGAAGAUCGGACGGAAUGGAACACUACUCUACGGCGACAUUGAUGUCACUGAUGAAAAGUGUAUGGAUGAUGAGGUUGAAGUAGAUGUAAAGAAUUCACACCGUUUUGACCAUGUUGCCCCUAUUGAAAUGGACCUCUAUGAAGAAGAGGAAACACCAAAGGGAAAUGAAACACCUGAAAGGAAGCCUGACCCAACACCAUUAAAGAUAACACAGACCCUACAGGCGAGUGAAAAUAGCAAGGAUGUUCUGAUAUUGAAAAACCAAGAGUUUGUCAACAAGAGUACAGAGAGGCCAAAAGAGCCUGUUGCAAAACCAAGACAGACCCCUCCACCUCCAAACAAGAAAAAGCCCAUUAUAGUGAACAAAAGCCAAAAUCAAGAGAACACAUUUCCUUGCAAAAAGUGUGGCAAGGUUUUCUAUAAAGUGAAAAGUCGCAGUGCUCACAUGAAGAGCCACUCUGAGCAGGAGAAGAAAGCAGCUGCUUUGAGGCUGAAGCAGUCAGAGGAAGCCCUACUGAAUAGACUGAAGCAAGAAAAGGGUAGUAGUGAUGCAGAGGAUGGUGGGGCGUAGUAAAAUGAUGAGCAAAAAAGUUGCUUCACUGAGCUGGGGUUUCUGCAUUCACAGCUUUAAAAGGACCCAUUUCCGUUUCUGUUUUGGGUUCUUUGGAAGGAGGAUGUCAGCAAUAGUCUGUCUUCUAGCUGACAUGGAGAAAAAUCAAGAGAGGACCGCUUCCCCUAUCCUGUCUCCAGAGGUGUGGCUAAAGGAACAGAAAUCUGAGUUUGCACAGGAGGUGUAUAAGCACCUCCCCUUUAACUGUUUCAGCUUUUUUCUUUCCUUCAACGCAAAUGUGAAAAGACUGCAGCAAAAAACACCCACCUUUCUAUUAUUGUUCACCAAGUGCAAAUUUUGGAUAGAAAUACAUUUUGUAAAAUAAGAAAAAUAUGUUGAAAAAAAAAAAAGGAUGCACAGGCUUCCUUAUUUAUGUUUUUUUUUUUUUUUUUUUUUUCCAAAACAGAUUUGCAUGAGAGGAAAUGGUGGUUCCCGAAGUCAUGAGCCAGCAGUAGGGUUGUUCAUGAAUACCACAUCCUUGCUUUCAGCAUUUAGAGCUUCAUUUGUAGAUGAUGCUUCAAAAUUUGUAUUUUUUGGCAGUGGUCUUGGAAACAUGAUCUCCCAUUAUCCUUGAAGUCUACACAGUCAUUAUAAUAAAAACAUAGAUUUUAUGUAUUUAA